AUGAGCAUUGUUGAAAACUAUCCGAGUGAGAGAAAAUGGAGGAUGACAAUGCUUUCGGCAAUCUUGACAUGUACAGAUCGAAGAGUUCCAUUAGUUCUUUAUGACGAAGGAUUUGCAGAUUUCAUUAUUGAAUGUCUUAAUACUCCUGUCAAACUUGAAGUUAAUUUGAGAGUUGUUCCUACAUCAUUUUCAAAUUACAACAGGACAUAUCAAAUCAGGAAUGAAGCCAUCCAGUUUAUCCGCAUUGUUUGCACGAAAUCAAGAUAUGGGGAUUCCGUUUUAUCAAGUUUGGUUUCGCGAGUUCGAAAUGGUGGCCUUUUACAACGUGAAGCUGAUAUGCUUCGUAAAAUAGAAGAUCGGGAAUAUAGGAAGACAUGUAUUUCACUAUUGCAGGUUCUCUUUGAUUCAGAAGAGUACUUCAACAUCAAUUCUAUCAUUGUCAACUCAGAUUUUCUCAUGGAGUUGAAAGAAGAGACACUCGUUGAUUGGGAGAAAUUCCAAAUUCUGAAAAAUGCAUGGAAUAAGAGCAUGGAUAAUGUUAUUAAUGUUUAUGGAAGAAUCAAAUGUCUUUAUGACUCUAUUGAAUAA